GCCUAGGCGGGGCGCUUGUUGACGUAGGCCUACCCACUCGUUGUUGUGUGCCCGGCCAGUUGAAUUAAAGCGGUACGACUCAAAUCUGAUGCCAGUUGAGAAGAGUGAAACUGAUAUAUAUUGCAGGCAAAAUGUCAACAAAACAAUUGUCAACAUUUUACUGAUUGAAGUAAGAUCUGCUACUAGCUACUUGGCUAUGUUUAAUCCUAAAUGGAGGUCCUAUCAUCCAACGUGUAUUGGCUUAUGCUUCUCUAUGGGUUGCAAGGUGUGCCAUAUGGGUUUCAGGUGGCAUUCCUACCCAUCCUCAUGCAUACUGCUGGUGCUUCACUGACAAAGGUUUCUCUACUAAGAGCACUCAGUCUUCCGUGGAUGCUGAAACUCAUGUGGGUUCCGGUGGUGACCAGCUCUUCAUCCAUCAAACGUCCUUUGACCUUUAGCCUCUCGGGCCUCUCUGUCGUCUUUGCUGCAUCGUCCAUGAUAUCGGUUCAAUCUGCCUGGACAUUGAGCAUUAUUCUCUUAACUAUGAACAUCCUUGUAUCUGUGCAGGACAUCGCUGUGGACACCUUUGCCAUUCAGAACUUAACAGAGACAGAAAUGGGGAUGGGAAACGCGAUCCAGGUCGUGGCGUACAAAGUGGGGGCAAUGUUCGGAGGCGGCAUGCUGACAUGGGCAAGUCAGUUCUAUUCAUGGAGUGUGCUAAUGACAUGGGUAGCCACCGUGUACCUUAUAACAGUAAUUGUGAUUUAUUUGGGGCUACCAACUAAGAAAUCUGACCUGGAUGCCGAAAAUGAAGAACUUGAUAAGAAAAAUAUUUCUAUAACUGCUGAUUUUCUCAGCAGUGAUUCCAAAAAUCUGUUUAACCAUAAACAAGAUAAAGAGUGCCUUUCUAAACUUGGUGCUGAGCAAGAUGAUACAUCCACCUACAAAAUUGAGAGGAACGGGUACAGCAAACACCAGGUAGUUUGUCCUUCGCAUGGAUAUAAUCUGCGAAGCUCAUCCUUGAAUCUAAGACAAUAUACUUCACCAUCAGACUUUUCGAGUGAUGACCAUUUUAGAACUGCAAUAAAGCAUAGACGGGAAUGCGUUCAUGACCAACCAUUGGCAAGACAUACAGCAGCUUGGGAAUGUGGGAAACACUCUGAAUCUCACAUGCAGGAUGCCCACCAAGGAAGUUUGUAUGACGACUUGGCCUCUGUGCUGAGAGGUCCAGGCAUGCUAUGGCUGUUGCUAUACCUUCUAAUCUACAAACUAGGUGAACAAGGUGCCAUCAGCAUCUUUCCAAUGUACCUGCUUGACUGUGAUGUCACAACCAAUCAAGUAGCCUUCUGGACAGGUCUCCUUGCCCAGUGUGUAUCUAUUAGUGGCUCUCUUCUUGGCGGUUGGCUCCUCAACCAUAAUACAAAGCACAGAUCACUUUCCCUGGAGCUUGGUAGUCUCUGUUUCUGGAGGUUCAUCGCGUUGUCCAUUCUGUCUUUCAUGAUAUGGCUAGAUGGCAGCUUUAACCCUUUGUUAUUGUGCCUUCCAUUCUACCUCAUCCUCUUACUGGGCGGGGCCAUCACCACGGCAACCUUCACCUUGAUGAUGACCACAUCCCAGCGUGCCUCUCAGGCCUGUGUGCAGACCCUCACACACACCACCAUGGCCACUGCUGAAGUCCUGGGGAAGGUCAUCUUCACGGCCCUGGCCGGACUGCUCGUUGACCAUACAGGGUAUGUGGCCGGAUUCAUCAUCUUCGCUAAUCUCUCCAUGUUAGCUCUACUGCCCAUCUACAAAAUCACCAUUUUUGCACCCAAAGGCACAGUGCCAUCAUAAAUGUGAGGUAAUAUUUACAAUGUAUAGUUCUUAUUUUUUUUAUGUGAAUAUAUGUUUAAUAAUACAGUCAAUCCAGUCUUGUAGCUACCUUCCUAUGGAGGCCACCUGUCAAGAGUGGCCAUUUACAAUCAGACAAAUGAAUAGAUGAACACGAGAGAUAUUGGAUUUACGUACAAUACUGUAGCUGUAAGCUUUGUUGAGGCUAGAAUGCUUAAACUCGCCAUAUAACCAUGUGGUCAUGCUGACCAUACAUUGUUGUCACAAACACAAAGGCUUUCUUGUUUCUUGUGGGUGGUCAUCCGGUGGACUAUCAACCUGUACGUUUAUCAAGCUACUCUGCUAUGAUCUAUAUUUCCAAACCAUUGGUCAGUGGUCUUGCUACACAGUAUAGUAUGUCAAAUAUCAAGAUACUACAACCAGAGCUGCCAACCUCCAGAACAGAAAUUUAGUAAGGCUCAAAAUCAGUAAUUUUGGGAAUAAAUCAGUAAUUUUCUAUGUGACGCUAUGAAUCUAAAGAAAAACAGCACUCCAACACUGCGCGGAUGCAUGCACGCACGAUUAUCUUCUUCUUUUUUCCUUUUUUUUUGUUGUUGGUGAUUUUACUCACCCAAAGUUGCUAAAUAUUGAUUUUCAGGUCAUCACAACACAUCUGUUUUCCAUGAAAAAUUGUCUUCUACUAAGAGAAUACUUGAUACUUUCCCGUCUUUCUCACUGAGUGUUUUUUUGUAAUCCGUAAUUUUAGGCAACAUUCCGUACUGCCAUAAUGAUCUUUAAUUUUCAUACCAAUUAUGGGAAAUCCAUACUAGUUUUCCAGGAAGCCAGAUGAAUCACGAUGGCCUCUGCCUGGAGUGAACCAUGCUGCCUAGAAAGAUAGUAUAUUAGAAAAAACAUUGGUACAAGUUAAUUCAAUUUGUUCAUUUACAUGCUAGUACGUAAAACUAAAGAAAAUAUUGUCUCUUUUUGGCAUUUCGGUGUAUUUUUUCCCUGCUCUGUACGGAUAUGCUGUGGCCUGCCUCCGAUGACAAAUACAAGAAAUGGCAUGAUGCUCGUAGAUAAUGUAAACACAAACAUCGUAGUCUGUAGCCACCUACUAUGCCCCAGAAAAAUUGUAGACCAAUUUAUCGUACGGCAUCCGGGUCAAAUGUAAACCAAGUAUCACAUAUGGUUUACUGUCUACAUUUCUUUAUAAUUCUUUUGUGCGUCUAUGUCCGCACUCUAAUGACCUUUAUGUUAUGAGCACGAUGAUAUUUUCCUUAAAUCGGAACAUGACAUAGACUUACAUAACCAUCACCGUCCUUGUUAUCCAAGAGUGGAAACUGCUCGGUAAUAGCUUUGGCCAAGGCCAGUUUGACAUGUGACUUGAAACUGUUGGAAUAAGAAGGCAUUGUGACACAAUUUAAAAAAUCACUAUUCAACUGAACACAUGGUUACCAAGAGAGAAUUACAAUGAUAUAAAUAAUAAACAUGAUUUGUAAGGCACUAGAUCAACAUGAUAAUCAAAUGCUCAAGGCGCAACCUGUGCAAAAGAUCACAUAACAAAUAGAGAAAGAUGCAAUAAGAGAGAAAUAAUUAUAUGCCAAAUUAACAGAUACGGGUACUUUUGAAGUUAUUUCAACUUAUUACUGCUAUUUCUGAUCACUUGAGAAAGAGUGUUCCAUAUUGAGCAUAAACAAUCGGUCGUGCUGGACAUUUACAAAUACAUAUAUUAUAAUUAAGCAUAAUUGAGCUAAAUCCAACUUUGCAAACUUUCACAACAACACAUCAGUUUAGUUAAAAAAAACAUACUCU